GCCUCCGGGGACACCCUUCUCAGAUUAGAAAAUCUCUCGAAGCAGUUUCCCGGUACGCUCGCGCUGGACCGCGUCAAUUUCGACGUGCGCGCGGGCGAGGUACAUGUCCUCUUUGGCGAGAACGGCGCGGGCAAAUCGACCCUGAUCCAGGUCGUCGCCGGCGUUCACAGGCCGUCGGGCGGAACGAUCCAUCUGCGCGGCAAGCCGACCGUCAUUCACUCGGUGCACCAUGCACGCCAGCUCGGCGUGAGCGCCGUGUUUCAGGAAUUCUCGCUGGUGCCGCAGCUCACGGUCGAGGAGAACCUGUUCCUCGGCGAUGAGCUGACGCGCGGGCCGCUCCUCAACAAGGCGGCGCUCGCCAGGCAGGCGCGCGAGACGCUGGACCGCCUGGGCUUCCCGCUCAGGCCGCGGGACGAGGUGAUGUACCUCUCCCGCGCCGAGCAGCAGAUGGUGGAGAUCGCCAAGGCCUUCCGCACCCAGCCCGAUAUCAUGAUCUUCGACGAGCCGACCGCGUCGCUCACGGAACGCGAGACCGACCGGCUGUUCGGGCUGAUCGAGCAGAUCAAGUCCGAUGGCAUCGGCAUCAUCUACAUCACCCACCGGAUGAACGAGAUCAAGCGGAUCGGCGACCGCAUCACCGUGCUGCGCGACGGGGUGCACAUCGACACCAUCCCCGUCGAGGAAGCGAGCGAUCAGAAGCUCGUCGAGCUGAUGACCGGCCGGGUCAUCGACCAGAUCUUCCCGCACAUCAAGCGCAACCCGGCCGAAACCCUGCUGGAGAUCGAAGGCCUCGUCACGGCAAAGAAUUUCGUGAACGACGUCUCGAUCAACGUGCGGCGCGGCGAAGUGGUGGGCCUCGCUGGCCUGGUGGGGUCGGGCAAGUCCGACCUCGGCCGUGCAUGCUUCGGCCUCGAACGCAUCAGGGCUGGCUCGAUCGCCUUCGACGCCAAGCACGUGAACAAGCUGGGCCCGCGCCGGAUGCUCGACCGCGGCGUCUACUACCUGCCCUCGGACCGCCGCAAAGAGGGCCUGAUUAUGAUGCAGAACGUGCGGGAGAACGUGGCGCUACCCUCUCUCGGGCUCUCCACGUUCUCGAACCCCCUUUUUCUGCGCAGGGCCAACGAGCGCAAGGUCGUGCGCGAUAUCGCGCGGGAUCUGGACCUGAUGCCGCUCAACAUCGAGCGCGAUCUCGAGCAUUUCUCAGGCGGCAACCAGCAGAAAGUGCUCGUGGGCAAGUCAUUGGUGCGCAACGUCAAGCUCUUCAUCUUCGACGAGCCGACGGUCGGCGUCGAUGUCGGCGCGCGCGUGGCGAUCUACGAGUUCAUCCGCGAUCUCUGCGAGGCCGGCGCCGGCGUGCUCCUGAUCUCGUCGGACCUGCCGGAGAUCUUGCACCUCACCCACCGCGCCUACGUCAUGUACCGCGGCGAGCUGCGCGCCGAGCUGGACCAAUCCGAAAUCUCGGAGGAAUCGGUGUUGCACCACUUCUUCGAGAAGGAGGCCGAGGCGUGA